AUGAAAUUCUACAUUGAUGAUCUGCCGGUAUUGUUCCCAUAUCCGAAGAUAUACCCGGAACAAUAUGAGUACAUGUGCGAUGUGAAGCGGACACUAGAUAUUGGAGGUGCGUCUAUUCUGGAGAUGCCUUCUGGUACCGGCAAAACGGUUUCGUUGCUGUCAGUGACCAUUGCCUACCAGCUGCACUAUCCGUCACGGCGCAAAAUUGUGUAUUGCUCACGAACAAUGUCGGAAAUCGACAAGGCGCUAGCUGAGUUGAAGAACCUGAUGGACUAUCGUGCCAAGGAGCUGGGCUACGUAGAAGAGUUCCGCGGCCUUGGUCUUACAUCUCGUAAAAACCUCUGCCUCAACGAGGCAGUUCGCUACCAACGCAAUGGCACGCUUGUCGAUGAAAUGUGCCGCUCAAUGACCAAUGGUAUUGCCGCAUCUACUGGCGGAACAUUGUGCGAUUUCCACGAGAGCAUGAACGAAAUCGAGCCCCACAAUUAUAUUCCACCGGGCGUCUACACCUUUGAGGACCUCAUCGCUUAUUGUGAAAAGGCUGGUACAUGUCCUUACUUUACAGUUCGUCGUAUGAUCCCUUACUGCAACAUUGUUAUUUAUUCAUUCCACUAUUUGCUCGAUCCCAAAAUUGCCGCUCGUGUGUCCCGUGAUUUACCCAAGGAAAGCAUUAUUAUUUUCGACGAAGCACACAACAUCGAUAACGUAUGCAUUGAAUCGCUGAGCAUAGAUCUCACGGAGGACUCUCUUCGAAAAGCAGCAAAAGGCAUCAAUUCCCUUGGUGACGCGGUCGACAGAGUCAAGCAGGUUGACCAAGAAAAACUCAAAUCAGAAUACGAAAAGCUGGUAGAAGGCCUUCGCGAUGCUCAGGAGUCGCGAGAUCAGGACUUGUUCAUGAGCAACCCCGUUCUUCCCGAAGAUUUGGCUGCUGAUGCCGUUCCCGGCUCCAUCAGAAAGGCCGAGCAUUUCGUCGCAUUUCUGCGUAGAUUCGUCGAGUACCUCAAAGCCCGAAUGAAAGUUCUACAUGUGAUCUCAGAGACGCCGAUAUCUUUUCUAAAACAUUUAAAAGAUGUCACAUUCAUUGAUAAAAAGCCUCUCAGGUACUCGACAGAACGUCUAAACUCUCUUGUUCGUACAUUGGAGUUGACCGAUCUCCAAGAGUUUUCUGCGGUUAAAGAAAUUGCAAUUUUUGCCACGCUGGUGUCCACAUAUGAGCAAGGAUUUAUGCUUAUUCUUGAACCGUUCGAGACUGAACAGGCCACCGUCCCGAACCCGAUUUUGCGCUUUACUUGCCUGGACGCAAGUAUUGCAAUCAAACCAGUAAUCGAACGCUUUGACUCGAUCAUUAUCACCUCGGGAACAAUUUCACCUUUGGACAUGUACCCUCGCAUGUUGAAUUUCUCCACUGUUAUGCAACAGUCCUACACAAUGUCGUUGUCUCAGCGGUCCUUUUUGCCGCUGGUUGUAACCAAGGGCUCCGACCAAGUUGCGAUUUCUUCUCGUUUCGAGAUUCGCAAUGACCCGAGUGUUGUGCGUAACUAUGGUAAUCUCCUCAUCGAGUUUUCCAAAAUUAGCCCCGACGGGCUUGUCGUCUUCUUCCCUUCUUAUCUGUAUAUGGAAAGCAUCAUUUCUAUGUGGCAGUCUAUGGGUAUUCUUGAUGAGGUUUGGAAGUAUAAAUUGAUUCUCGUUGAGACUCCGGAUGCCCAAGAAACAUCGUUGGCCCUUGAAACGUAUCGAACAGCUUGUUCCAAUGGCCGGGGCGCCGUAAUGUUCUGUGUCGCCCGAGGAAAAGUGAGCGAGGGUAUCGAUUUUGACCACCAAUAUGGCCGCACAGUUCUAAUGAUUGGCGUACCAUUCCAGUACACUGAAUCGCGCAUUCUUAAAGCUCGGCUAGAGUUCUUGCGAAACAAUUACAACAUUCGGGAAAAUGACUUUUUAUCUUUCGACGCUAUGCGACAUGCCGCCCAGUGUCUAGGUCGAGUCUUGCGCGGAAAAGAUGACUACGGUAUCAUGGUUUUAGCUGACCGUCGGUUCGCCAAGAAACGAAACCAGCUUCCAAAAUGGAUCAACCAGGCAAUUCUUGAUGCAGAUGUCAAUCUGUCAACUGAUAUGGCGAUUGCGGCUGCGAAAAAGUUCUUGCGCGGAAUGGCCCAGCCGGUUAACCCCGAAGACCAGAAGGGCAUUUCGGUAUGGGAGAUUGAGGAUUUAGAACAACACCAAUCUAAUACUGUUCCGGCUCCCAUGGAAGAAGUAUCCACUAAAUAA